UGGUUGCAUGUGUAAGCAUGCUCCUGUGCUUUACCCCUGCUCUUGGACACUUUUGUUCUCCUGACAACAUAAAUAGUGCUUAUCAUAUCACAAUCAAAGCAAGGGGCAACUGAGAGGCAGGCUUAACACUGUGCAGUUCAGGAGUUCACAGAUAAACCACACAGUUGCCUGUCUGUCACUUAAAACUUCUGUGUGAGAUUACAUGCAAAGAUUAAAAAAGUGUGGCUGUUUUAUCGAAAAAAGAUUGACAGAAUUAUUGUUUCUGCAGUGAUCUAUUGUGGCCCAACCUUGCAGUAUAUCCUGGGUUCAGGACUGAUAGACCCAUAAUACAGAUUUGUUACUUACAACCCCAAAUUAAGUUUACAAUUAUUUCUAUAGGGGAGGCACUAGAACAGGGAGGGCAGACAAAUCGCAUCAGAAUUGGUCCUCAGAUACCCUCAUUGUGCAAUUACUGUUUAUACAUGCAGAAAAUGAGGAAAAACAUCCCACGUUUUGCAGGCAUGUUGCACAAGUCUCUGAAGUGAAGAGACAGUUUAAUUGCUCUGUCCUGCGUCAAAAAAACAACAUCAACCCGCCUUUAAAAGGAAAGCUCUGAGACCUGAAAAGAAACUCCUUCAUUCUAUUGAGAAAAUCGCUUUGUUUCACAGUUACAUAAUCCAUUUCCACACAGUGAAUGAAGAAGUUAGAUGUGUGAAAAGUAGGUCUUGUUAUUGUCGGGGGCUGCAUCCCGCGGCGUGAUACUGGCGCUCAGCGGAGGGUGAGGCGGCUCCGCGACUCACUGACGCCAGGCCGAGCAACCCCAAGACGGGCAGAGAGCGCACACAGCAGUAGACACAGAGAGGAAGAGAGAGAGAGGGAACAGCAGCUUUGAAAGAAAAAAAGUGACUGUGAAGAGGACGUGACUUACACCUUUGAAGCUGAGGAUCAUCACAGACUCCAUAAGGACAAACAUUUGUUUCAUCCUUAACUUUCUAUAACUGGACCUUUUCAUCUCUACUGCUCACACUUCCUUUAGACAGAAGUGAGAGGGGAGGAGAGCGGUUCAUCCAACAUGAACGUCACCUCGCUCUUCUCCUUCACCAGCCCGGCGGUCAAGCGACUGCUGGGUUGGAAGCAGGGAGACGAGGAAGAGAAAUGGGCAGAGAAGGCGGUGGAUGCUCUGGUAAAGAAACUGAAAAAGAAGAAGGGAGCCAUGGAGGAGCUGGAAAGGGCUCUCAGCUGCCCCGGUCAGCCCAGUAACUGUGUGACAAUCCCACGCUCUCUGGAUGGACGGCUGCAGGUGUCCCAUCGGAAAGGUCUUCCCCAUGUCAUUUAUUGCAGGGUGUGGCGCUGGCCUGACUUACAGUCCCACCACGAGCUGAAGGCCCUGGAGUGCUGCGAAUACCCCUUUGGAUCCAAGCAGAAGGAUGUGUGUAUCAAUCCCUACCACUACAAACGAGUGGAUAGUCCAGUACUGCCCCCUGUGUUGGUACCGAGGAACAGCGAGUUCAAUGCCAAGCAUACAAUGCUUCCUCGCUUCCGCAACCCUCUGCAACAGAAUGAGCCGCACAUGCCCCAGAAUGCCACCUUCCCAGAGUCCUUUGCUCAGGCCAACACCAUGCCUCCCAAUUUCCCCCAUUCGCCAGUAAACAGCUAUCCAAACUCCCCGGGGAGUGGCAGCAGCGCCACCUUCCCUCAUUCACCAUCCAGCACGGACCCUGGCAGUCCAUUCCAGAUGCCAGAGACCCCCCCUCCUGCCUACAUGCCCCCAGAGGAGCCCAUUACUCAGGAUUGCCCCCAGCCCAUGGACACCAACCUCUUGGUUCCAGCUUUGCCUCUAGAGAUCAACAACCGGCCAGAUGUGCAGCCUGUGGCCUAUGAGGAACCAAAGCACUGGUGCUCUAUUGUUUACUACGAGCUCAACAACCGCGUCGGAGAGGCGUUCCAGGCGUCCUCCACCAGUGUGCUCGUCGAUGGCUUCACAGAUCCCUCCAAUAAUCGCAACCGAUUCUGCCUCGGCCUGCUCUCCAACGUCAACCGCAACUCCACCAUCGAGAACACCCGACGGCAUAUCGGCAAAGGUGUCCAUCUGUAUUAUGUUGGUGGAGAGGUGUAUGCAGAGUGUCUGAGUGACAGCAGUAUUUUCGUCCAGAGUCGUAACUGUAACUACCAUCAUGGCUUCCAUCCCACAACUGUGUGCAAGAUUCCCAGUGGCUGCAGCCUGAAAAUUUUUAACAACCAGGAGUUUGCCGAGCUGCUGGCCCAGUCCGUCAACCAUGGCUUCGAGGCCGUUUAUGAGCUCACCAAGAUGUGUACCAUCCGCAUGAGCUUUGUCAAGGGCUGGGGAGCAGAAUACCACCGCCAGGAUGUGACCAGCACACCCUGCUGGAUUGAGAUCCACCUGCAUGGUCCCCUGCAGUGGUUGGAUAAAGUGCUAACCCAGAUGGGCUCCCCCCACAACCCUAUAUCCUCCGUCUCCUAGGCUUCACUGUCCUCAGCCCUGUGGCUGUCCACACCCCAGCAUUUUGGUUAAAGUAGCAAGAAAGGGGUCACAUGUCAGUUUGUGGUUCAGCCAUUCUGCCUUUUCUGAUAACUGAAAGCGGUUCUAACUGAAACACAAGCUGAUCUGGGACCAGUCAGGCUGGGCGGGUUGUUAAAUGGGUUGGUUUGUUCUCUACUUGAAGGAUGUCUGAAUUGGGCACAUUUACAGUCUGGGAGAGGGGUAAACAAAGUGAGCGUGAUGCAACUGGAAGAUACUUGAUCUUUGUGACCAACUCUUAUAAUUCGACCAUCACACUCAUCAUGAAGCAAGUAUCCUCCCUGAUCUUGCUCCCACAAUGUCUCUUUAUUCAUUGUUGUAUUAUUAUGACUCAAUACUAGUUUGUAUCUAAUAAUCCCUCUGGAGUUCAGGUAUUUGCGUGUAGUUACAAUAAUUAUGGGACAUUCCAGGUCACCAAAGUUGCAGCCGGCUGCUGUCACUGCACUUAGGCUGGCAUGAAAUGUACUAAUGACAUGCUAAAGGUUGGCAGAGGCAUAGAAUUUGACCAGUACAACUUAAAAUUGAAUAUGUCAUAUCAUCAAUUAUUUUCUCUAAUAGGCAGAUAUAUGAAAGCAGUAUGAUGUUUUCAAUCAAAACAAAAUCCCCUAUCACAGAUGAUUAAAAAAAAGAAUAGGAAGGGAGACAAUUAGGGCGAGUUUGAGAGAUUCAGAGUGGGGUUUAGUGUGGGGGCAUGGCACUAAAAGGGCAUUUCAGACUAUUCAGAAAAAAGACAAAUGUUUAAAUGUUGCUCAUCUUGUGUUACACUCGUGUUUCAAAUGAAUUUUAAAGAAAAAAAUAGUGUUUAGAUAUAUUCACUAUUAGAAUAUGUGCUGUGCAGUCUGGUUUUGCAAGGCAUAGUUUGGUAAGUGUAGUAUUACACAUUUAAAGACUUGUAGCUGAACACUCAACGAAGCAGAGGCAAAUACAAGUGCAGGUUAGUUUGUCCCUUGCUGUAAAAUCUGCAGCAAAACUAUAUUUGUCAUAAACUGAGUCACAUUAGAGACAUAAAUAUUUUAGUGACUGUGCUUCAUUCUCUUAUUACACCAACUGAGCAAGUUUUGUUAAAUGACUGUUACGGGAAAAUAUCGAGCAUUCAAAUUUUAAUUGUUGACUGAGAAGAGGGUCUCAGUAACUGAUGGCCCAGUAUGAUUUUUUUUUACAAAAUGCAGAUUUUGCCAUUGGAUUAUUUUAUGCUUUGAGCAAUCCUCUUUGCUACUAAACUGUAUUACUCUUUACAUUCUUUUUGUAUUUUUGAACAUGUUUUCUGUUUUGUUUGUCUGCACUUUCACACAUUGCCUUUGUUUAGUUUUUUUUUUUUUUCUCCUUAUGUUUUUGCUCAGUUAAACUCCCAGAAAGCAGUUUUAUUCCAUGAAUAUCAAGCCUCUACUGGAAGAUUCAAUAAAUUUGUUUCAUUACUUGCAA